ACUUUCUUGCCAACUUGCUACUUUCGUCUUUCUCUCUUCAAAGAAACGCAAGUCUUUCACAUAUAAAAACUAUAACCUAAGAAAAAAACAAAAAAACUAAGCCCUAAAUCUGCUCAUUUUAUUGUGUAAUACGCACAGCUUGCUUGCAAAUUUUUGUUGCUUCCACAUUAUACUAAGAAAGCCCUAAUUUAAGCUCUUCUGAGGAGUUCAUCAAUAUCUUACCUUUGUUUCCUUCAUAUUUUCUUGUUUGUUUUGCAAAGCCAAAAAAAAAAAAAAGAUUUUUUGGCUAUUCAAGUUUUAUUAUAUGGUGGAAGAAGGUAAUUUGGUGCAACAAGAGAUGGAAAGUAAGAAAAAAAUUGAAGUUAAGGGAAAGAUGGAGCUAAAGAGUACUGUAAACGAAUAUGGAGAUGGGGCUUCAUGGUAUAGAGGAGCAAUGUUGGGUAAAGGAAGUUUCGGUUAUGUUUAUGUGGCCACUUUGAAGAACCCCAAGUCGAAAAAUCGAUACUUUCCAUCAGUUAUGGCUGUGAAAUCAGCUGAAGUUUCAGUUUCAGGUACAAUUCAGAAGGAAAGGGAAGUUCUCAACAACAUCAAAGGUUGUCCUUAUAUAAUUCGAUGCUUUGGAGAUGAAACUACGACUGGUAAGAAUAGUAUAAUGGCGUAUAACUUAUUGCUCGAGUAUGGCUCAGGUGGAACCCUAACUGAUAGGAUCAAGAAUUUAGGGAAUAGGGGGUUUCCUGAAUUUGAGGUAAGGUGUUAUACUAGGUCUAUGCUUAGAGGGUUGAAUCAUAUUCACGUGAUUGGUUAUGUUCAUUGUGAUAUGAAGCCUGAAAAUAUCCUGCUUGUACCGAAUUCUAGCAAGGGGAGUACUGAAUUUAGGGCUACGAUUGGUGAUUUAGGAUUGGCUAAGAGAGAAAAUCAGAGCAAAAAGAGGAGAUUGGAGCCUUAUUGGAGGGGUACUCCGAUGUACUUGUCCCCCGAAGCUGUAGCUGAUAAUGUACAAGAGUUUCCAGCUGAUAUAUGGGCUCUUGGAUGUAUUGUGCUUGAGAUGUUAACUGGAAAACCUCCGUGGGACCGGAAAGAAGAUAUGGAUGCGGAGGAUGUACUCAGAAAGAUUGGGGAAGGACACGAAUUGCCUAAAAUUCCAGGGGAUUUGUCUAAGGAAGCAAAAGAUUUCCUGAAAGGCUGUUUUGUGAGGACCCCUAGGUAUAGAUUGACUGCUGAAAUGUUGUUAAUUCAUCCAUUUGUAGAGGGUUUAAAUGAUAAUGAUGGAGUGGAAGAAGAACUAGAGGAGGUUGAAGAUAUAAAUGAAACUGAUUCUAUGCAAUUGGUUACUGAGACUGACGAUGAAUUUUCCUAUUCUCAAGAAGAUUGGAGCUGCAUAUCUGAAGAAGACGACUCCCUUGGUUACUGGUCGGAAGAUGAUACAGAAAUUACGGAGGAUGAAAUGACCUCUUAUAUUUCUGAAGAAGAGAUAUUGAAAGCAGAAGAAAGGAUGAGCAUUAGAAGCUCUAGCACUGAUAGUGGUUUUAAUAGUAUGAUUGAUACAUCAAUGCAAGUACCUUCACGGGGUCCAUCAAAUAAUUCGUCGAAAUGUCCAUUAGAAUUUACAAUUCCUGUUGUGGUCUAGCAGUAGGUGGUAGGAUGGAAAUAUGAUUCAUUUAUUCCUUUAUUGUCCACACUCUCUGUAGAUUCUACGCAACUCAAAUUGACUGAAAUUUAAUUAUAAGUUUUAAAUUCUUUUAUCUUUA